GACGGCUGUUUCCUCAUCGAGCUUUUCCGGAAUUACAGCAUGAGAGACAGCUUGGCCCCGGAGGAGGAUGAUCCCGUGUUCACCAAGUCCUAUAUGUUCCAGCACUUGUAUCACGACCUGAUACUGCCCGAGAACCAAAUCCCCUGGAUAGCCCUAGAUCACCUGUUCAACCUGACGAAAGACCCACAGAAUCGACAGGGAACCUCCAAUGUAUGUAGCUUUAUCAGUUGGACUUCGCCCGAUGACACCUCCCUCGUGGCUCUUGUCCUCGAGUUCCUCCACCACAUUCUACCUGCUGAUCCGAAGAAGUUGCAGGUCAUGACCAGCCAACCGAAGAGUAGGCAUAUUCUUGAGCUGCUAAGGGACCUGUUGAUCUCGAAUUCAAAAACUACUGGGCCAUGGAAAGAUGAAAACUCAUGGCCUCCCAUCCCCUCGGCCACGGAGCUCGAGACUGCAGGGGUUACUCUGAGAAAGAGCAGUGCGCCCGGAUUGGACAUUUCCUUCAAGAACGGGGUCCUUGAGGUCUCAGAGAUAACUAUCCAAGAGGUGACAGAAGCGCUGUUCCGGAACAUCAUAAGCUUCGAGCAGUGCUCCCAGAACUGUCGUCCGGUCUUCACUUCCUACGCCAUACUCUUGGACAACCUCAUUAAUACUCCGGAAGACAUGGACCGGCUCUCCAAGAAAGAGAUCGUCGACAACUGGUUGAACCCCGAGGAUGCAACCGAGUUCUUCAACAGGCUGUGCCAUGACGUUUACAUCAAGGAAUUCUGCUACCCGAAACCCUGCUCUGACGUGAAGAGAUACUAUGAGAAGAGGUUAUUGGCCAUCUGGAUGGAGUUGCUCCGGAAGAAUUACCUCGGUAAUCCCUGGCUAGUUGCAUCCACCUGCGGUGCGAUCAUCUUGCUAUUCCGCAACUUCUUCUCCUCGCGAUGUAAUCAGAAGGGGAAACCACAUGAGAAAUUAUGAAAUAAAUUGGAUUUUGUUUUUUAUUUUUA